AGGGACAUGAGAACACGCCUUGAAAGCCCUACCGUUGACCGGAAAUGAGUACUUUUAGCUUACCUUUCCCUGCAACUCAAACGAAAGAGGAUUCAGUUUCAGUUUUCUAAUCAUUAGAGGCAUGCAGGGGGCAGCCUUUACCAAGCUUUUUGCUAUUGUGUUUCUAUUAUUACUGUCAUCAAAGUGUAGUGGGACAAUAGAUGGAGAUGAUCGGGAAGAUGUGGAAGCUGAUGUAUGUAUGUGUUGUGCCGCCGCCAGAGAUACACAUCCAAUCCAAUUACAAUUCAACCAUUUGCAUGGGGAAGUUAAACCCAUAGAUCUCGAUGAUCAUUAUCAAAACUAUGCGGCCAUAAAAAACCUGACUACGCACGGACACAGGUUACCAAUUCUUUGUAAUGUCACAAAAUAUGAAACUGCAUUUUCUAAGGAAGUAAAUGAGUUUGCCAAGAGAACCAAGGCGACCGUACAUUGUGCUCUACCCGCAAGAGCUGAAGCAACAAUGAUAAAUGAAUCAUCAACGAGUUACAUGUCUCGUCAUAUGUAUGAAAUUGUUCGCAAUAUUGCUAGAUCAAUCGGCACCUUCCCGGGGAUGAAGUUAAAACCUGGAUUGACUUGGUACAUGUCCAAAGGAAUUAGUGAUUUAGACAUCGUCACUUUCAGCUUGAACAGCCGCCAACCACAAAAUGCUAGUGGGAUUGUUCAACUGGAUGCAACUUUAUCGUUUUUGGCAUCCAAGCCGGUUCACUGUCACUUUUAUAAAGGGUUAAGCAUUGGUGUACCAGUAAGAUCGAUUCCCAAGCAGUUUAUUAACAUAAGCCAUGCCAAGAAGAACUACGAGGAAACACAAAUAACAGGGUUUUGGGUAGAUAUUUUUAAAGAAGCUACUUCAAUGAUGUCAGUCGAUAGACCUUAUAAACUGGUUCCUUUCUACGGGUCUGACGAUCAGCUGUUUAAGGAACUUGCUUGCAGGACUUUUGAUGCAGCCAUUGGCUUAGCAGUAAUGACCAAGGAACGAUCCCAGGUUGUAGAAUUCUCAUAUCCAUAUAUUGAAGUAGGCCCGGUGGUAGUGAUUAAGGAGAACCUUGAAAUGAACCAAUUUUUUUCAUUCAUGAUCCCUUUCACCAACAAGAUGUGGUUUACUUUGGCUGCUAUCACUGUGUUCAAUGCUUUUGUUAUUCAAUUAGUUGAAUCUGGAACUGGCCAUGAAUCUGUUGGAGCUAUCUUCUGGAUCCCUUUGGCGACCCUCUUCUAUGGAGGGCAUAAAGAAUCACCGAGGAACAGCUUAACUAAUUUUGUGCUGGCCCCAUGGUUCAUCCUGAUCCUGGUUGUUUCUUCAACCUAUACAGCAAGCUUUACUUCCAUGAUAACAAGCUCAGACACCGAGUCAUCAUCUUACUUAGAUAUAGAAAUUCUCAAGAAAACAAAUGCAACUGUAGGUUGUGAUAUGGAAGAUUCAAUUAUGUUGCAGCAUUUAGUGGAGGUCAUUGGGUUCCAAAGAAAGAAUAUCAAGCACAUUGCUCAAUCUUCAUUUGAUGAUUAUGCAAAGGCUCUAUCAACUGGAUAUAUAAAGGCUGCAUUCUUUUGGACGCCAUAUGCCGAAGUUUUCCUUGCAAAAUACUGCAAAGGUUUCAGAGCUUGGAGCCCAAGCCAUGGCCUACGCGGUUCUUCAAUUAUUGUUCCGCAGGGUUCUUCUUUCGGUUCACAUAUGUCAGAGGCUAUGAAGCUAUUAAUACAAAGUGGGAAACUCAAGCAAAUGAAGGAAGAUAUGCUAUCUCUUUCAUAUUGUUCGAGUUCAACUAAUGAUGGUACCAUGAAACGUGGAGUAGGACCUGGACCCUUCUCGGGAUUUUUUAUUUUAUCAGGCUCGGCGUCUGCAAUUGCAUUGGUGAUCACGGUCAUUCGACUAUUAAGAAGACGUUGGGAGAGGUUGGUUCAAGGAAUGUUGAUGGGUAGAGAGCUCUGGGUGUGGCUGACUACUGUGUUUCUCGAAACCAGAGGGGAAAGCAGCUUCAGGUUCAACUAGCAAGGAUUAGUUGAAAAUGUUGGAAGUGUCGGAGAUGAUCAACAAUUGAUGAGCUACAAGCUGGACCAGUAUUUUAUCUGAAUUAUAAGUAUCUUGAAAGGUUGGUUCAAGGAAUGUUGAUGGGUAGAGGACUUUGGGUAUGGUUGACUACUCUGUUUUCUCGAAACCAAAGGGGAAAUCAGCUCCAAGUUCAACUAGCAAGGAUUAGUUUCACUUCCCACGCAGAACUUACCAACUCCUAGAAUCAUGGGUGUAGAUGGAGGUCGAAGAAGUAUUCAGUUUCUUAUAUAUAUAUAUCAUGCCGAUGAAAUCAAUUAUGUUAGAAAUUUAUAAGGAACGAUCAUAAAAUAUAUAUAUCUUUUCCAUAAUCUAAAAUUUAUAUAUAUUGCCCCCGUUGAAA